AUUUAGAUGUAUUCUCAGAAAAAUAUACUGAAAUGGAGAAUAUAACUAACAUGGAGAAUGUUGGAGGAGAAUGUGAAGUGAUAGAAGAUACAGAAUCUGAUGUUAUAGUCUUAGGUGACAGUCCACUAUCAUCCCCUAUUAAACAGAACACAUCUUCUAGUAUUCCAAUUACACUAGGUGACAGCCCCCUGACCCCAACCAACCCCACUAUAGAGACACGGACCACAAGCCGCUCUUCUAGUAGGUCCUCUCGUCAUAAUACAGAACAUGACUUUAUUGAAGCUAACAACACUAAAGCUUCACAACAAAGCACAGACCUUGAUGUUCAGGAUGUAACACCUAGAACUUCGAAGAGGAAAAUAUCACCUUCAGUUAAAGUGCUUGAAGCUAAAUCAAGGCGGAGGGUUUCAUCAGGUGAUACAUCAAAGGUUCCUGAUCGAACUCGAAAAAAAUCGGGAAAUAUGGCGGGGAGCAGUGAAACACGGACAGGACAGGAAGUAGAACUUGAUGUUACACCAGAUAAGAUGCCACUAGAUCAGUCACGGAGACCUCCUGGUAGAUCCCAUACACAGAGUGAGAGUUCUGAGUUAGGAAUGGAUGAAGGGGAGGUGGUACAUGCAGGGGUGGUAAAUAAAAGGUUCCCUAUCAGACCUGGCAUCAUAUGGGCAGCAGGGGGAAAAGUGGAAGCAAUGGAUUAUCAGAAAAAGUGGUUUCCAGCCAAGAUUAUGGAGGUGGAUGAUAAGGAGCUUGAAGUACUUAUUCAUUUUGAUGGCUGGAACCAAAGAUACGAUGAGUGGAUUUCCAUGGAUAGCGACCGUUUACGUCCAAUGGCACGGCAUAGUGAUCGCAAAACUGACAAGGGCAAAAAGUUCACCAAAUGUUCAGAAUUCAAGCCAGGUGAACAAGUUUAUGCUAAGUGGACAGACUGCCGUUUAUAUCCUGCUAAAGUUAUUGGACUUGACAGUAGUUCAGGGUCUUACCAUGUGAAGUUCUAUGACGGCUUUUCAAAGUUGGUAGAACCCAUGAACAUACGCACAAUGACAGCUGAACAGAGGAAAGAAAGUGAACCACUUAUCAUGCCGGCCACAGAUGCAAUUAAACCUAGAAGUGCAGAGAAAAAAAGGCUAUCUACUGACAAGGAGUCCCCAGUAUCAUCUGAUAAAGAAAAACCUACAUUGACUGAUAAAGAAAAACGCCUCUCUAUUGAAAAAGAAAAAAGACUUUCCAUUGAAAAGGAAAAGAAACCAUCAUCUGAAAAGCGAUUAUCAACAGAUAAGGAUAAAAGAUUAUCAUUAGACAAGGAAAAGAGAUUGUCGACUGAUAAAGCUCCACUUUUAGAAAAGGACAAAAAAUUGACUUCAGACAAAGAAGUGCGGCUUUCUGCUGGGAAGGAUAAGACAGAGAAACCAAAAGCUUUGGGCACCCCAGUCAAAAAAGCCGUCACACCAGGAAAACAAAGGACAACUGAAGAGCAGCGAAAGCAGACCAAUGCACAGUAUCUGAAGAAACGCAAGUUGAUAGUUGGCGGGGCUUUUCAGGAGCAAUCAAAACGGAUGAAAAAUGCCUUAGGAAAAGAUAAGUCGAAAAAGAAGGCUGUGGGCUCUCCAAUGAGCAAGACAGAUCUGAAGAAAAAUCUUGACCUCAAGUCUCCAAAAAUUUCAAUCCCCAACAUUGACCAGUUGAUGCUGCAUACUCCACCUUGGACACCUGCCCAGCUGGCCUCCUUAAACAUCCCUUCACCCAACUUAGAUGUCAGGUUAACUAAAGAGAUGUUACGUAGGAGAUCUCCACCUGCCACGCCCCCUUCUGCCACACCCACUCAUAGCAAGCUGCUAGAGAUUCUUAAGAAAGGUCCCAAAGUAGAGAAAGUUCAGCGCAUUGAAAAACGGUUGCCAGGCAAGAAAGUCAAGAGAGACAGGGAUGGGAGACUUGUGGGGGGUGAGAACAGAGGAAGGAAGAGCAAGAAGAGGUCAGUGUCCCCAACAUGCUCUGAGAGCAGCGCUACGUCACACAGUACAAUCGAUUAUGUUGUUCCAAAGAAGAGGGCUGGAGACAGCAGGAAGCCUUCUUCAGAGAGAAGCAAGCCAUAUUCGUGGGAGUAUGUACCUGCUACAACCCCAGCUCCCCAUGAGUUUCACAUAGAGGAGGACCAUAACCCCUACAAGUGCACCCACCCUGGUUGCAGUAAGGCAUUCCGUAAAGAGAAGUUGCUUGCGUAUCAUGUGAAGUACUACCAUGAUGCAAGUGGCACGAAUAAACCAAGAAAGAGACAGCAUACAAGCAGCAUGUGCUCGACUGAUUCGGAGGCUUCUAUGACAAGUUCAUCCAAGGUUCCUAAGAUAUCUCCUGGCAGGUCAAGACACCAUUCCAGAGGGAAGAAAGGCUCAGUGUCUCAGAUGUCUGAAGCUGGAGAAAAUCUAGGCGACAUUGGUAUGGAAGGGGUCAUCAUAAAGGAGGAAUCAGUUGAGGAUGCUCUUCCAAGUACAUCAAGUAUGACAACAGACAGUGACCUUAGAGAAAGGAUGCAAGUGGUGGCUGAAGAGGAGGAGGAAGAGAGUUUGUUGGAACGGCCUCCAAGGGAGGAAGUCAUUAACUGUAUUUGCCAAGAUGAAGAUGAGAAUGGCCUCAUGGUGCAGUGUGAGGUUUGCUUUUGUUGGCAGCAUGCUCUCUGUUUUGACCUCUCUGAGACAUCUAUGCCCAAGAAAUACAUAUGUUAUGUAUGCCUUGAUCCACCAGGUAUCCGUGAUAGCGCAAGGUCGAUCCAUGACCAAGACUGGUUCAAGUAUGGCGUAUUGGCAAGGUUUAACUUCCUCCCUCCACAAGAUGAGGAGAGUCCUGCCAUGAUGAAGGCAGCACAUGAUCUCAUGGCAGACAUGAUCAACAUCAAAUCUGUACUGACUGGUCUUAGUAGGAAACUUCUCAUACUCAAAAACAAGGAGCACCCAGACAUGAAGCUGUGGGUGAAAGAUUGGGACAGAGAGAUGGAGCGGGAGAAAGCUUUAGCUGCUGCCAUGGAGAUAGACAACAUCCCCAUGGCAACAGAUGACUUUAGUAAUGUCCGCUUUACCCUAGGCGAUGAACAUUCCCAGCAUUCCUUGUUCAGUGAUGUCAUAGAGACAACAGAUAAUGAUACUCCAACAGACAGACUUGAUAUUGGUGCCAUCAUGCAACAAGAGGAUUCCAAAAUGGAGCCUUCAAAGGCUUCUGUUGACAAUAAAAGCACCAUUAAAGAAAACUACAGCAAAGACUCUAUAACAGGAGAAUUUAACAUUGACUCGGCUGAUAAGGAAAAUAUUCAGUUGAUUGAUAAAGACUCUGAAGCAAAUAUUAAUGUUCUUGAUGAUACAGAUGAUGCCAUUGAUGUAGUUGGCACAGAUAACAAUAUUGGUGAUUCAGAAGCUACCAAUCAUGUGACUAUUAACUCAGAUAAAGAAAGAACACUUAAUGGUGGUGAAGUAGCACAAAAUGGUGUGGGGGCUGACCAUGAACCUAAGGGAGAUAAUACCACCCCCAGUGUCUCAAGUGCUGCGCCCCCUAGUACACUUAGCCUGGGACCUCCCAGUGGCCAAGACUACAAGCUGUCACCGCUGCCUAGCAGUGUACGGAUUGGGAGCAGUGUUUGGACACCUGUUGCUGCUGUCAAGAAUCUCACCAACUUUGAUGCUCAGCAAGAAGAUGAUUCUAUUUCUACAGUUGCCGAUUCUGAGAGUAACUUUGCCAACUGUGAGAAGCACCUGACUGAACAUAUACAGCGGGUACAAGAGGAGCUUGAUACACGGCUGGAUCUUAUAGAAGAUCAACUAGAUGUGCUAGAGACAGUGAGUGGAGUAAAUGUUCCUUUGAACCAAGACAUUCUAUCUGAUGUGCCACAACUCAAGAGAUCUCUUAGAACUCUGUUGUCUGACUUGGGCAAAGUGAAACACAUGGCAACAUACCAUUAGGCAAAGUGAAACACAUGGCAACAUACCAUUAGGCAAAGUGAAACACAUGGCAAC